GCCCGGCAGCGAGCGGAGCGGGGCCGGGAGCGGCUGCCAGCGGCGGGAGGAAGGGUCGGUGUCGCGUUUUGGCGAUUGAAGGCGGAAAGCCGGGACGAAGGAGACUUCCCUGGGCAUCAGCUGCAACUCUCGUAGCAGAGAUUCAAGUGGGAAACAGAGAGGGAAUCCAGAGACAAACCAGCGGGGGAUUUAGAAACCGUGACGCCGUGUCCUCUCUCCUAUACCCAAGCAAGCAAAGGAAAGAGAGGUAGAGGAAAAAAGACUGAGCCUUGCAACAGCCAUCACCCUGACGAUGUGUCAGUCAAACACCCUGCAGGGACCAGAGCUCCACACAGGGAAAUGGUGAGAUGCUACAAAGCUUUAUCUAACCCUCCACCCUCUUGCUACAACCUCCGCAAAGUUAAAAUUCAUGUCCGGAGGCUGCGUUCAGGGAACGGCGGCAGCAGCAGCUGUGCCGGGGACCAGCACCCACAGCUGGAGAGUCCAGGCCCAGCUGGCUCUGCUGGUGGGACACCAAGUAGGAGAACUCGUUUCAGGUUGCAAUUCCCCCAGCUGGCCCUGAGGCGAAGGUUGGGCCAGCUGAGCUGUAUGUCUAGGCCUGCUCUGAAACUCCGUUCUUGGCCUCUGACUAUUCUCUAUUACCUUCUGCCUUUCGGUGCUCUUAAACCCUUGACCAGAGUGGGAUGGAGGCCUAUGAGCAGGGUUGCCCUGUACAAGUCGGUCCCGACGCGGCUGCUCUCGCGAGCCUGGGGCCGCCUGAACCAGGUGGAGCUGCCCACGUGGCUGAGGAAGCCGGUGUACAGCCUGUACAUCUGGACCUUCGGGGUGAACAUGAAGGAGGCAGCUGUGGAGGAUCUGCACCACUACAGGAACCUCAGUGAGUUCUUCCGCAGGAAGCUGAAACCGCAGGCACGGCCGGUGUGCGGUGUGCACAGCGUGAUUAGUCCCUCUGAUGGAAAGAUCCUUAAUUUCGGACAGGUAAAAAAUUGUGAAGUGGAGCAAGUAAAAGGGGUUACUUAUUCUCUGGAAUCUUUCCUGGGACCUCGCAUCUCCACAGAGGAAAUGCAUUUUAGCCAGGCCCCACCUAAUAACUCUUUUCAGAAACAACUGGUCACAAAGGAGGGGAAUGAGCUCUACCACUGUGUAAUUUACCUUGCACCAGGGGAUUAUCACUGCUUCCACUCACCCACAGACUGGACAGUGUCACACCGACGGCAUUUCCCAGGCUCUCUGAUGUCUGUCAAUCCUGGAGUUGCUCGCUGGAUCAAGGAACUGUUCUGUCACAAUGAACGGGUUGUCCUUACAGGUGACUGGAAACAUGGCUUCUUCUCACUAACAGCUGUAGGAGCAACAAACGUGGGCUCCAUCCGCAUCUACUUUGACCAGGACUUGCACACGAACAGUCCAAGUUACUCUAAAGGUUCCUACAAUGACUUCAGCUUCAUAUCCAACAACAACAAGGAGGGAAUUCCCAUGAGGAAAGGGGAACAUUUAGGGGAAUUUAACUUAGGCUCUACAAUUGUACUAAUCUUUGAGGCACCCAAGGACUUCAGAUUCAACCUCAAGGCUGGACAGAAAAUCCGCUUUGGAGAAGCACUGGGCUCUCUAUAGGAACUGUCUCAGCAAGAAGAUUUUCUAUAAAAAGGGACUCUUUUCACACCACUGAGUGUUUCACUUAUCAAGUUUGUAUCACUCAGCAGGACCUGGGUGAGGAGGAAGAAAGAUGUCACUGCUGCAUUAAACUUGAAAGUAUUUGGUCUACAUUUACCUGCUGCUGAAUGUAGAAACUGAGUUGAAUGAUCAUGGAUGUAUCGGGUACAGCUGCCUUUAAAGAUGUUGCCCAUGGUGGUUUCAGGCCCACCCUGUGCCUGUAGUUUUUCAAGUUCUCCCCUGAAUGUGCCACAGGAUAAUUAUGUUCUUAGAGCCUCUAAGUCCCUUUUAAGCCUUCCUAGGCAGGUGCAGUAGGAAAGGGUGGAGGUAGAGAUUACCUGUAUUUAAAGGGACACUGACAGGCUGAGUCAGACCUUGUACCUUGUAUCUACAGAAUCUGUUUUUCAGACCUUGAGUAAAGAAUAUAUUCUCAUAUUUAUUUUAUUCUAAGAAACUCCACCCAAAUUACUAGAUAAAAGCAGUCUCUGAAUGCACAGAUGGCCAAACUGAAAUUUGCUGGUGUGGCUUCAUGGCCCAAACAAAGCAAAAUGUGCAACAGUCAGUCAGUACAAUGAGUGACACUCAUCCCUCAUCCUGAGUUUUUCACUGUUAGACAACUUUAGUUCUUUUGUCUGACAUUGUUGCUUUAAAAAUGGGCUUUGCAGUUAUUUUAAACCUGAAAACAGUGUCUACAUUCCAGACAACAGAACUUGUCAUCUUGCGAUUUUCUUUUUUUUUUUAAAGACAGACAAAGCUCUGUGUCCUCCUCCUAAUCCAUGGUUUUAUUUUGCUAUUCCAGGCCUUAAAGUUUUUGUCUUUAUGAAAGACAGUUAACUUCACCUCUUGGAUUAAGGAGUUAGAAGACACAGGGCAUACUUUUGCUGGGUGAUGUGAUGACAACUAAAGGAUGCUUUUCCUUUCUGCUAUGUAUCUUGUUACUUUGUCACUAAAUUCUUGAAGAAUUAGUUCCUCUGUUAAAGGAUAGCUUCAGCUACUUCAGGACCAAUUUUUAUUGUACAGAGUGAAAUGCCCUAUGCACUGACUGUGUUUAAAAUAUUUAUGGCUUUUUAAAGAAAUCCCAUGUUGCUUCCCAGGUGCCAAUCUGGCCCUCCCUUGACUGGGCAACAACUUCAUCUUAUUCAAAAUACAAAAAAAAAACACACUGGCUCUGACUUGUACCCUCAUACUUAAUGCUAGGAAUGUGCUGGGGGCUGAAAUCUUUGUGCUGAAGCUUAACCCACUGUAAAAUUUUAAAGCCUCUUUGUGACUUCACAUCAAGAAGAGUUAAAAUCUGACACCUUGGAUCUCCUGCAUGUGGCACUGACAAAAACCACUACCAAAGUGAAGAGGAAUUGAGUUUUAAAGCAAUGUAUAAAUUGUUUUUUGAGAAUAAACUGUUUCAAGUCCCAGCACUCAAACAUGAUUUUGCUAUCUAGAGCUUGUUGGGAGUGGACACGCUUAUGAAACCUGCCUUUGUGCUUUCUGAAAGAUUUCUCCUACUACUUCCUUGCUUGAGCUACUUUUCUGCUACUUCAAGGAGAUGACAGGCUCUGAUCUCCUAAAGAAACCCUUCUUUGUAUGCACUGCAGAAAACAGAAUAUAAUUUUGUUGUACAAAUGUCCAGUUUGCCAAGUCCUGUAUGCUUAGCUUGUCAUCGGGAAGGAAGGGAUGAUAAACUGCCUCUAACUGAUGUAGCCAGGCAUGAGUCAGAUGAGGGUGGCUGUUUGGGUGACAAGCAGGAGAAAAUUCAUUUGGCUCCAGGAGUCAGUGUUUCCUCACACAGGGAGGAGUUUGAAAGCUUGAAGUGGCUCUCAGCCACCUAUCUUGUUAAAGUUCUUGGUAUUAGCAAGUUUACUCCUGCAGCAGUAUAGUACCAGAUACAAGUCUUUUUAAACCUUUGAGAGUGAGAAAAGAGUAAGGCAAAUAUCAGCUCCAAGAGGAUAAAAUUAGGGUGAGCUUUUUGAUUAAACUUCAGUGUCAUGUUAACAAGAGAAAUAAAAUUUGUUCUAGUGGAUGAGAGAAAAAGACAAAUGAAUCUUUUCCUUCUUUUCCACUGGGGUCUAUGACAUCCAGACAGAGCCAAAGGAAGUUUAAGCUUUAAUUUCUUCCUACUCAGCAGCAUCAUCCAUAGUAUCUGAAGGUACAUAUUAGCCUGGUGAUGGAGGAUGGGUUGCUUGAUGUUUGCUUUAUUAGAAAUCUCAGAAGGAAGAGAGGAUUCAGCAUGCAAGUGGCUGUUGUUAUGAUGGUUUUAAUACUGUGCAGAGCGAGCUAAUAAACCAACAUUGCUUGUGAUGCAGGGGCCAGCAAUGCACCCCAGGAGUGAAAAAGUUCCUCGAGGGUACUGAUAAUGCUGUGAAUUUCUCCUGCAUGGAGAAUCCAUUUAAUUCAACUGUAUCAGUAGCACGGUAUUUUUGUAUGUCAAAGUGUAUGACUUACUGACCUGAACUCAUUUAAUUGCAAACAUUUUGAAAUAAAGAGUCUUAUCUGUGUUGCUUA